AUGUACAGGAUAUGUACAUUCGGUGCCAAUCCUGUAUGUAUCCAGGCAUCAGGAUUCAUACAGGAUUCACUUUUACACAGUGAACAACAGCUGCAUUUGUCCACAAUGUCGAUUCUUAUAAUCACAACACUGGUAAUGCUGUGUAGUCUGCCCAUGAGUGAAGCAGUGGGUAUACAGAGUUUGCGAGACCGCUAUGGUGUUCGUCUGUCACCACAAACAUACCCACCAAGAUGCAAAAAUGAAACCUUUGAUGAUUACUGCUUCAUUGUCCAGACAUCUUGCCGUGAGACUGAAGAACGGCGAGCCGAGGUUCUGAAAAGUGUAAAAGAUGACAUCCUUACAAUACUUGACAAAGCUGCAAAUCCAAGUUUUUCAUUGGUGACAUAUAGCAAAGAUGCAAAAGUUAUACUGCCAUGGUCUUCAGAGGUUGAGAAAAUAAAAGAAGUGUGGGGAGAAACAAAGAAUGAAGAAUGUACUGACUGCCAAGCCCUAACAUAUAAAGCACUAGACGCAUGUAGAAAACUUUUCAAAAAUAAAGAUAAGAAUGGCUUUUCCGAUCACAUCAUAAUCUUCACUGAUGGUAUCACUAGAGGAGAUUUCUAUACUGACAUAAAUGAAGUAAAAACCAAAACUAUGAAUGCAGCACUUGAAAUACAGAGAGAAGGCUCGAUAAACAUCCAAGUGGUGAGGAUUCCUCCAACUAAAAGUAAUAUAAUAGAUGCAAGUGGGGUAGAUGAGUGGUCAAUUUUGCCAAGAAUUGCGCAUGUUGGACAACAUGAUUAUCAUCCAGAGUUGAUUCCAUGUUCGAACCUUGGGGUUAAUAAGGAUCAAACAAUAAAUAUUCAUUUGUUAUAUGGAACAGGGCAGCCCUGUUGUGCAGCUGCCGAUGUGGUGUUUAUUCUGGACAAGUCAAACAGUAUCAAGACAAAGGAUAUUGUUCUUUUGCUUGAUUUUUUCAAAAACUAUUUGAAUGUUCAAAAAACAAUACUGGAACCAGCUAUGCUCAAUAGGACUGAAGGACUGCAGAUUGCACUGUUAACAUAUGGGGGAAAAGUAACCAUCCAUUCCAAACUAGGACAGCAUGGCAAGACUGAUCUCAUCAAAAUUGUGAAAAAAAUCUCAACUAGAACAACAAAAUUCACUUCAACCCAUAUUGCCCUAGAGAAAGCCCUAGAACAACUUAAAACAUCUAAAAGAGAAUGCAAGAAAACAGUUGUAAUAGCAACUGAUGGCAGAACUUGGAAACCAAAGCAAAGGGCAGUUGAUAGUGGAGAAGAUACCAUAAAAGCGGCCAAGAAAUUAAAGGAUUAUGGAGCAGAACUGCGUAUAGUUGGACUUCCAAAUAACAAUAAUAUAAUAGAUGGAUAUGAGCGGGAAUGGAAGCACAUGGCUUCAGAGCCAAUUGGUUGCACCAUUGUAGACAUGCAGAGACCAUCUGAGAAUGGAUCAUUUGAAGACCUUGAUUUGGUCAAUUUAUAUCUAACUGAGCAGAUAUGCUCCGACAAACCAACACCUUGCGAAUAUAAUGAAUAAGAAAGUGAGGAUGCAGAGUGUAGAACAUAAAAGUGAAAUAAAAUGUUACCUAUUUUUUGAUGAGAAAUAAAUAAAUUUGAAACUGACAAUAUGAAUUUCUGUACACUAAAGUAACAAAACUAUCUGAAAAUGGACAGAAAUAUUCCUGUGGCCUUAUACAAAUCCAAGAUACAACAAAUCUUCCAAUUAAAUAUUGGGGAAAUAUUAAAAUUGGAUUUAGAAUACAACCUCAAAUAAGCCAAUUUCAAUAUACAAAUAACCUCAUUUCAAAAGGCAAUAUCGUGAAAUAUUGCCCGCUGAUAUGAGGUCAUUAGUAUUAUUACCACCUUAUGCCCAGGGCUAAAAACUUCAAGAAUGGACUGCAACUGAACAAAAAUUAUACGCACUGAACGUUAUCUCAUUUCCUGGGGAACAUUACCAGGCUGAAAUAUCAAUUUUGGCCCGCUACUACAGCC